AUGCUAGAGGUUGCAAUAACAAUUGGCGAAGAUAAUAAUUUUGAGGAUUUAUUAUUUGAAACAAUUGGGUAUUCUACUGAACAAAUGGUUAUUGCAAAAUUCUAUAAUCCAUUAACUAAAAAUUGGACAAAUGUUAGAGAUUUUAGUACAAAAUUAUCUUUGUGUAAGACUUUCAAUCCUUGUCAAGUUCAAUUUACUCUUGAGGAUUUUGAAAGUGAUAAAUUAUAUAACAAUUUAAAUAAUGUUUUGGAACAACUAUCACUUGGUUGGAUUAAUCGUUUCCAUGAAUCAAUUGGAAAAUUUUUUACUAAUAGUUUGGCUAAUUUAUUAUGUCAUCAUAAAAAAGAACAACUUAAAUCAGACAAACUUGAGAAUUUUGUUAAAGCAAUUGGAUCAUCUAUUUCUCAACCUUGGGCAAGUAAAGAUAUUUGGGAAGAGUUUAUUGGAAUAGUUUUUGAUUUAUGUCAUAUUGUGAGAGAAUAUGUUAAAUAUCUGAAUUCUGUUAAUAAUCAAAUGAAAGAUAUCCACUCUAUCUCUUGUUUACUUGAACAUUCUGACAAUUAUGAAUUACAUUUUCUUGAUAAUUAUCUUCCAAAAAAGGCUAAACAUAGAUUUAAUUUCAUCAAAGAAAUGAUUCUAAGGGUACCAUUCACACUUUACCAUUAUAAUCAUGGCAAUUAUUUGGGGACAUUGAAUUUUAUUUGGAAAAUUCCUGAAGACAUGUUAGCAAGGGAUAAAAGUUCUGAAUUACAAAUGAUCACUUUAGCAAUGUUGAAUGUUCUUUACCAAGAUCUAGCUGGAGAUUCAUCAACACCUCCUAAUGAAAUUUCCAAGGAGGUAAAAGAGAGAAUCCAUGUCAUGUUAGAUAUACAAGAUGCUGAAAUAGUAUUUGAUUUACAUGUUAACAAUGGAUUAAAGGGUACAGAGUUUGAUAUAUUUUGGAAUGAACUGUAUGAAUACUUUAAUGAGUUUAUUCCAUCAGUUCAUGAUCGAAGCAAAAAAUGGACUUUAUUUCCUAAUAUUUAUAUUCCAUCAGAUGAAUACAUUCAUUUACAAUUUUGGCCAGGUAAUCCGUUUGCAAAUUCUGCUAUAAUAUAUACUGGUAGAACAAUAUAUUCUGAAAUACCUGAAAUGUUACUGCUUUAUACUGAUGGUAGUCCUGAUCACAGAACAAUUUUUGGUUCUGUACAAAUUUCACUUAUUUGUUUAUUUCUACAAGGAGAUUUUGAUUUUUUUGCCAGUGAGUAUCUUAAAAAAAAAAAUGAGAUGGAUGAAGUAUUAGAAAACAAUUUAAAAGGAAAAAAUACAUUAGAAGAAAUAAGGACAUCAGCUAAAAAAAAUAAUUUGUUAAAAAUUGGCAUAAAAGAAUCCAUUAAACCAGUUCAGGAUUUAUUAAAUGAAAGAACAAAAAGGCUGUCACUAAAUAAAAAAAAUUUUAUCAUCAAAAGGCCUGCUUUUAGAAUUGAAAUUGAUCAAAUUUUUCAGAACAUUCAUAAAAUUGAUAGUACAUUAACUCCUGAUAAAACUUCAGCAUAUGUUUUACAAAAACAUGAUUCUUUACAAUUAUUUCUUAAAAGCCAUUGUCAUAUUAGGACAUCUUCAUUUCAAACAAAUCAAUUAUUGAUGAAAGCCCAAGCCUAUACAUACAUGUAUACAUCAGUGGUUAUACCGGCCGAAGAAGCAACAACAGACGUUGGUACAGAAGCUGAACAAUUUGCUGAAGAAGAUCAAAUACAAAAAGAAAGAAUUGAAUUAAGAAAUAAACUUGAAAAUUAUGUUUAUACAACUAAAAGUCAAUUAGAUGAUAAUGGUGAACUCGGAAAGAAAAUCAGUGAAGAAGAUAAGAAAACAAUCAAAGAUGCGAUUAAGAAAACUAUUGAUUGGUUUGAUGAAUUUUCAAGUUCAGCCACUAAAGAAGAUUUCGAAGAAAAAAUAGAAGAAAUAGAAGCUAUUGUAAAUCCAAUUACAAGUAAAUUAUAUUCGUCAGAUCCAUCAGAUGAAAAAUCAACAACUGACGAGGAUGAUGAAUUGCCAACACACGGAGAAUUAUAA